GCUACGCGUGACUACAACUUGCCUGAGGCUCCACACACGUCGUUCGGGCCUGCACCUCCUGCCGAGACCAAGACUGUUGAUCUGGGCAACGAAGUGACUGAGUACCUGGUCAUCAGCUACUGGACGACGACCAACGAGUUUGGUGGGUUGAUCACCACGAGCAGCACCAGGACGUACAGCCCUCCACCUGUGACGGUGACGGCCACCACUGCUGCGGACUAUGUUGAGAGCGACUGGAUCUCGUUCUUCAUCACCACGAAUGAGAAGGGGGAGAUUAUCACUGACAGCACACUGUUCAACGCUACGCGUGACUACAACUUGCCUGAGGCUCCACACACGUCGUUCGGGCCUGCAC